AUGGGUCAUCGACAUUCGAAAAUGAGAGACAAUGGAUCCGUUUCCCAGGACUUCAUGUUCCCCAAUCAUCCGCGUGAAUUAGGAAAAGGAUUCCAGAAGCAGGCUCCCAAUGUCCAAGCUCGCAAUUUGUGGUCUCCCCCACCUUACUCCGCCCAGCCUCCUCCGGCUUCAGGGAUUUCAACUGGAGGGGACUCCCCUUACGCUUUCCUGGGACAGUUUGAUACCGUCUUCGUGGUAGAUGAUAGCUCCAGCAUGAAGGGUCGACGAUGGAAGGAGGCCGAGGAUGCCCUCUCGGCUAUCGCGCCCAUCUGUACCCAGUACGACAGCGAUGGGAUUGACAUUUACUUCUUGAAUCAUCGACGAGCGUCCACCAGCGACACCACAGGUGCGUACAAUAACAUCACGACAGCCGCAGACGUGCAGGAGAUCUUCAACAGCGUGGAACCGCAUGGGGCUACCCCAGUCGGAAAUCGACUGAAUCAGAUCCUGCGGCCAUAUGUGCGUCGUAUGGGGAGAAUGGCAGUUGCGACAGAUGACAAUGGGGAGUUGAAGGACAAGACGUUGUUUGUAAAGCCGCUCAACAUCAUCGUCGUCACGGAUGGCGCGUUUACAGAUGAUGCGGAGGUCGUCAUUGCCAGCGUGGCUAAGAAACUGGAUAUGUACGAAGCUGAGCCAUGGCAGGUUGGGAUCCAGUUCUUCCAGAUUGGGGAUGAUGAAGGUGCUCGCUCAUAUCUGCAAGAGCUGGAUGAUGAGCUGGGCAAGAAAACACGCAAUGAGAAACUGCGAGACAUUGUCGACACAGUGCCCUGGAAAGGGGGGAGGGGCCAGACACUGAGUGCAGACGGGAUACUGAAAUGCGUCCUGGGCGCUGUCAAUAAGCGAUAUGACAAACGUGACGCGUUCCGUUAA